AUGGCGAGGCCGGAAGGUCGUGGACGAUUGGAGCGUCGGAAAAAGAAAGCUGACCUGAAAUCGCAGCGACGUGAAGAAAACGAGAGGCGGCGCCAGAAAAACGAGGAGGCAGCGAACGAUAAGGUCCGGAAGCAUGGGGAGAAAGAUAAGACUCGGACGCGUGGGGAGAAAGAUAAGACUCGGAUACUACGAGGCAAGAGUGAGAAGAGCACCAACAAUGGCUCCCGAGGUUCUGAUGGGAACAGUUCGACUGCACGUCUUGGUGAGCAACAAGCCAGACGGGAGUUCAGUAUUGAUUCUGAGGCGAAAGCUUUUCUGGGUGAAACCCGCGGGAAUGAGAUGAAUGAUGAUGACAUGCUCAUUGAGUACUUGGAACGUCAGUUGAACAUUCGAGGCGAUAAGAAGAAGUCACAAAAACUCAUAGAAGACGUGGCCAUGACUGAGUUCGGUGGGGAUAGAGACUUGGUAGGCAUACUGGAUUCCAUCUUAGACGGCCAACCAUCCAUUCAGCGUGAAGCGUCUAACCGCACUGCGAUUAGUGGUAGCGAAGAUGGGGAUGGUAGCGAAGAUGGGGAUGGUAGCGAAGAUGGGGACGACGGCAGCGAGGACGAGGGCGAGCCGGCGGAAGGUGUGGAGUCGUCCGAAGACUUGCAGCCGGCGGAAGGUGUGGAGUCGCAAGGGGGGGAGGAGAAUGUGGACUCCGUAGUCUUGAACCCGGUGAGUGUGGACACGGAGAGUGUGGACACGGAGAGUGUGGACACGGAGAGUGUGGACUCGAGGCAGGUCCGGGUGAGUGAGGGCCGGGUGAGUGAGGGCCGGGUGUGUGGGCCUGGCAAGUAUAUACCGCCUCAUUUGCGGAAGAAGGUGGCUGUAGCAUCUGCGUCGGUUUCGGCGGAGUUGUUGCAGGAGAUCCGAGCGGCGUUUAAUCGAGUGAGUGAGGGCAAUUUGAAUUUGAUAGUGGAGGGUGUGGUUCGAGCAGUGGCGGCUGAGAAGGAGCGUUUGCAAUUGGCGUUGAUGGGUGUUGACGAAGAGGUGAAGUUGAAGGUUGCGGAAUUUUUCGUGAGUGUGACGGAAUGUUGUGCCGGUCAGGCCAUGGCGUUUCUAGAGUUGAAGGCAGGUAUGGCGCUGAUGGCGCCACAGAUAGCGUUGUUGUGUGCUCUUUCGUCGGCAGUGAGUAAGCAGGUUUUAUUGCGUUAUCUAGCUAAAUGUUUGCAGUUGUUUGCAAACAACUUAACACGUUACUUGGGCCGUUCUUUGGGUGAUUUGAACCCUGAAACGGGCAUGGUGGACUUGGAGGAUAAGGAGCAGGCAAGACAGUAUGUCGAUUUGCUCAUCGAAUUGGCGCGGUACAUCGCUGAUCGUAAUAAUAUGGGAACGGAAGAACACACUCAGGGACGCCUAGAAUUACUAGCAGUACUACUCAGGACGUGUGCACCCGGACUGAACGCGGAAUAUGUGGAGAAAUACAAACUUCUAAAUUCGAUUGUUAAAAACUUGUUGCAAAAAUUAGAAGGCAAAUCUAAUAUGCAUAUAGACUGGGUGCGAUAUGAAUUAGAGAAUGUUGGUAAGCACAACAAGACCCCCCUCUUCGAAAAGCUUACUGCUAUGAGGAAUUGGCUGAAACGCAAAAAUACUGCCAAAGGCGGAUCGGGAAUAAUUCAGUGCAUAAACAACCAAAAAUGCUUUCUCGCAUUUAUAGAUGGCAAGAUCCCCAAGGAACUCCUUACUGGUAUUGAUCAGGACAGCACCGACCAGGACAAUAUUCUGGAUGACACACACGCCGGACAUCUUAUACGUGCAGCGAAAAAGUUCAAGAUCAGCUCUCCCUAUCAGCAAAGGAUCUUUGCCGCUAUAAUGGGCAGUGACAACCCCACCGAAGGGGCCUUGAAGCUUAUCAACUGCAUCAAGACCAACAAACAGAUGGAACCAGCAAUCGCUGUCCUACUCUUCUGCAUGGUUAAAGAGAAAACAUAUAAUCCAUACUACACUCAAGUAGCAUCCAGGUUGUGUAACACUGCUGACUUAAAACUACGACAAAAGCUUCAAAUUAAUUUACGAAGGGGAUUACACGUCCUGGUCCACUCCAUCAUCGUCAAAAAACAAGUCCAAGAAAAGCGAGACCGGAUCCUCACCUUCCUUAACGACUUACAAGAUGACAUCGAUGAGCCUGACAAGAAGAAAAUUGUUAAUAAGCUUCUGGACUAA